AAGCCAACCAUAAGCAUGAGUAACGAUAACGCGAAACCCACCGACAGUACCUUCUGCCAGAUAAUGAAACCGAUCUACUACAUGUCCAAGGUGGCCGGUCUGUGGCCCCAAUCGUUUCUACGCAAAUCGCCCGGCGUUACCGUGCUCGAUAUUGCCUACCUGCUGAUACUGUACUUCAUGUGCUUCUUCUGCAUACUCGUGAACACUAAUGCGAAGCUGUGGGAUUACUACAUGAAACCGUUCGAGUCGGACAUCUUGCGGUAUGGGCUGCAGACGCAUCUACUGAACGGAUUGAAUCUUAGUGUACUUAUUAGCACGAUCAAUGUGAUACAGUACAAGCGGAAAUGGGAGUACAUGGAGCUGCUGGACAACAUUACGAAGGUGGUCGAGCAGGAGUUUCACGUGCGAUAUCCCGUCCGGGUGGUGCAAAUGUUUAUUACGAUUAUAAUUUGUGCCGAAUUUCUUUACCUUAUGCUGAUACUGUUUGGCUACUACUAUCUGAUCGAUCGAACGUUAAACAUCACCACUACCUACCUGUACGCGUCGUACUACAUCAUGAACGUCUCACUGCUGGCCCUGCUGAACGAGUACACCUACUUUACCGUCCAUAUACGCCGUCUGUUUAUGAUAGUGAAUCGAUUGCUGAAGCAACUACUGCUGACCGAUACGAACCGCAUCGAAACGGUGUUGCUCGAUCAGAAUCGGAAAAGUAAAACACCGACGAUUGCGUACGAUGAAAUCUUCACCAUUUAUGAUAGAGGUGGACGUAAGGAGUUGGAUGCGAAUGCGGGAGCUGGGAAGAGGAAUGGCCCAUCGAAGGUGACAGUGGUUGCACCUGCUUCGGCUGGAUUUAAUAAGCUGUCUACUAGCACUGUUUAUACUACCUACAUCACACAGCUCAAGAUUGAUCAGCAUUCCAGCAUGGACACGAUAUUGAAAACAAUCAACCGUCUUUCGGUACUGCACUAUCAUCUGUGUGAUGCGAUUCGGCUAGUAAACCGUAUAUCCUCACUCUCGCUAAUGUUCCACUUUGGCGCCAUGUUUGUUUUUCUCGUGUUUGGUCUGUUUACGUUCUACAAAGCAUUCAACUCGGGCUCGUGGGCAUUUCGCAUUAUGGCGAUGGCAAACGGGGCGUGGAUUGCGUUUUACAUCGUGGGAAUUUUGACCGUCAUUACGGCUACGACGGCAGCGCAGAACAGUGGCCGCUUGACCGGGGACAUCGUUCAUCAGAUCAUUCGAAAGCAUCAGAACCAUUUUUCGGUCGAUGUUAUUGAGAAGCUUUCCACCCUAUCGCUUCAGGUGAAGAUGCGCGAUAUGUCGUUUUCGUGUGGAUUGUUCCAUUUUGAUUGGAAUCUCUUCAGUUCGUGCUCUAACCAAGGUUUUUGCCAAUUUACAGCCCCGUAACCACCGAAAUCGGCAAAUCCUCCCGCUACGACGAUGGCGAUGAUGCUGGAGGGCACCCUGUCCAAAUGGACGAACGUGAUGAAGGGCUGGCAGUAUCGGUGGUUCGUUCUGGAUGAAAACGCCGGACUGCUGUCGUACUACACCUCAAAAGAAAAAAUGAUGAAAGGCGUACGGCGUGGCUGCGUUCGCCUAAAGGGUGCCAUCAUCGGCAUAGACGACCAGGAUGUGAACACAUUUACGAUCACCGUCGAUCACAAGACGUUCCACUUUCAGGCGCGUGAUGCAGAGGAACGCGAAAAAUGGGUUCGUCGCCUGGAGGACUCGAUACUGCGGCAUGCGAACCGCAGCCGAGCGCUGUGGGAUCAGCAGUACAAUAACGGCAGCGGCAGCACGAGCGCACAGAGCAGCGCAAUGGGUUUCACAUCGGGCGGUGGCGGCGGACCGGCGGGCAGUGCUGGUGGCAGUGGAGUCGGUGGUGGCGGUACGCCCGGUUCCAGUGUCCGGCGAUCGAACAAUUUGGUACUGUUCGACCGGAAGGUAACGGAGGCGGACGCGUUUCUGCAGCUAAUGAUUGACCAAACAACGAAACUCGACGCGAGACUGGAAACGCUUGGUGACACGGAGGAAGCCACUCACCUCAAAACGAUCAACGAGCAUGUCAACGCAAUGCUGGAUAAUAUUAAACAUUCGAUAGUGCUUCUCCAGAUCGCAAAGAACACCGCCAACCCUAUCAACGGUAUCUACCAAGGUCCUAUCUCUAGUAAGUCCGAAACGGAAACGGAACCCAGCGAGUCUGGUCUGGUCGUGGGUGUGAUGUCUACCUCGCUGCCGACCGACGUCGAGGUAGCGGACGAAUGCCGAGAGGGCGUGCGGCGUGCCAACAUUGCACAUGCUUCUAUCAGCGUGCCGGAAACGUCCUACUCGAGCUCGGAGGGCGAGGACGACUUCUUCGAUGCGAACGAUUCCCCGUUUACCUCUAGUCAAUUAAACACACCGACAAGCAACACUCGAACCCUGUCCGAGCACACUGCCCGCUUGUCGGUGGAGGAACACUAUGCAUCGGCCGAGGACAGCACAAGCAACUCGCUCAAGAAGCAGGACAGCCUGGUCAGCUCCAACACCACGUCCAUAUCAGCCACCGGCCCGCUGGUCGGUGCCGGUAGCGACGGUGUGCCCCGACCCGUGCUGCACGAUCCGAUACCGCUCGCGUCCGGUGUGCCUCGCAAAUCGUACGACUCGAAAGCCCUUCCGAUCCGCACCGAUGGUAGCCUCGACUACGAUGCCUUAUACGAAGACGAGUCCGACAACGAUCUGUCGAUGGAGUCGCAUGGAUCGGUCGUGACCCAUCUGCUGUCCCAGGUAAAGAUCGGCAUGGAUCUGACGAAGGUCGUACUGCCGACGUUCAUCCUCGAGCGGCGAUCGUUGCUGGAGAUGUACGCCGACUACUUCGCCCAUCCGGACCUGUUUCUGCGGAUAGCGGACCUGAAGGAACCGCGCGAGCGGAUGGUGCAGGUCGUCCGGUGGUAUCUGAGCGCGUACCACGCUGGGCGGAAGAGUUCCGUCGCGAAGAAACCGUACAAUCCAAUUUUGGGCGAAAUCUUCCAGUGUCAUUGGGACAUUCCGGAGCUGCCAACGGGUGACGAAGCGUCCAACGUGGAGGUGAAAGAUGGACCGAUUCCAUGGUGCCGCAGGGACCAACUAACCUUUAUCGCCGAGCAGGUCUCGCACCAUCCGCCAAUAUCAGCGUUCUAUGCUGAGCAUUACAACAAGAAGAUCAGCUUUUCCGCGCACGUGUGGACCAAGUCCAAGUUUCUCGGUCUUUCGAUAGGUGUGCACAACAUCGGCCAGGGUACGGUGACGCUGUGUGAUCUGAACGAGGAGUAUGUCGUCACUUUUCCUAAUGGUUAUGGGCGAUCCAUCCUAACGAUACCGUGGAUUGAGCUCGGUGGCACGAUAACCAUCACCUGUCCGCAGACGGGCUAUCGGGCCGAUAUAGACUUCAUCACGAAACCUUUCUACGGUGGCAAAAAGAAUCGAAUACAGGGCGAGAUCUACGGACCGAACGACAAGAAGUCGUUCAUCAGCAUCAGCGGCGAAUGGAGCGGCCUAAUGGAGUACAAAUUCAACGAUGGCAGCAAACCCUCCAAGUUUGAGACGUUCGUCGACGUGAACAGCAUACCGAUCUACAAGAAGAAGGUACGCCCGGUCGCGGAACAGGACGAAAAUGAGUCGCGCAAAGUUUGGCGCGAAGUAACGGCCGGUUUGAAGAUGAACGACAUCGAAAAGGCAACGAAUGCAAAGUUUCAGGUAGAGCAAAAGCAACGCGAAGAAGCCAAAGAGCGGAAGGAAACGUUCGGCGAAUGGGAAACGAAGUACUUCAAGGGUAUCGGUGAAUCGUGGAUCUACACCACGCCGCUACUGCAUAGGUUAACGCUGGAAAAACGGGAUAGCAAAAGAUAGCAAUCGAACGAACAUAACACCACCAACAAUGGUAGCACUAGCACGUAAGCAGAUACUUUGGAUAUAGCAGAUAUAUCUAUAUACAUAUAUACAUAUAUACCUAUACAACUAUACAACACAUCUAUAUAUUAUACACAACACACUAUAGGAAAAAAAAACACACGCAAGAAAAGAGAGGAAAAAGUUCAAACUAAACAAACCAGCAAAACAAAAACAGCAGAUAGAGAAGCGUGACGCGAAAGACGAAGCGUUAUAAGCGAUAAGCGUUACAUGCAUUACAGUAGCGUUACAUGCAUAACAAUUCUCCUUUGAUUUACUUAUCAAGCUGCCAGUAACGUACGGUUCUUUGUUUCUUUGUGAGCAGUAGCAGAUGCUGCAGUAGACCAUUGCGCACUGCUAUAUGUUAGGUUAGAUGAGAUAAUGUUUCAGUUACUGUUAUGGAUUCAGUGUCCGGAAUCUUGAGCUUACAUGUCCAGGCGUACACUCUAGCUGAGAGUGGCAUUUGUACUGUAUCUCUGUACUGUGUGUGUGUUUAAAGGAAGUGUUGAAUUUCUCACUUUCCUUGCUCCUAAUAAUCUCUAGAAAAAUUGCGAGAGCAAAUGUAGUUUUUUUUGCUUUCUUUUAAUGUUCAUUAAUUUAUAUUGCAUUUUCUGAAUCCUCAUUAGUGGUAGUGUAGCGCAUUUGUGCGUAUUGUUUCGUUUUUUUUUUUUGUCUUUUUGUCCGCUAAUCCUCAUAAUCGCACUACGAUCGCACUCAUGUAGUAAAGUUUGUAGCUGGCCAGGCGUUGAACAGAACCGGUGGCGUUGGAUGGAAACCCCCGCUCCCCAUUAUAAUAGUGAUGUUGAGAUUCUCAGUUUUAGUCUAACGUUGUUAUAGCAAACUUAAACCGAGAAUAGAAAGAGAAUAAACCCCCAAUUUAAGGAGAAGGAGAAGAAAAAAAACAUGUAAAAGAAAAACAAAAAACAAAUGUGAUAUGCACAAAAGUUAAGUAAAACUCUAGCGAGAAUCUUUCACUCCAAAACCACUAUUACACUUCUACUAGAGUCGCCGAACGCGCUGGCCAUCAGCUCCUCCAAAGGGUGGGCGCGGAAGACAAAAAGAAGGAGAACCGUGUGUGUGUACUCCCUUCGCGAAGCUACUUACAGAAAAGGAAAGUUGGAGGCAGAAAGGUCGGAAGAACUUGUUAAUAAUUGCAAUCUAUUAUUAGCCGAAUGCCCAUGCUCACACAAAAAAGAAAAAGAAAAACAAAACAUUAUUCUGUCCGAAUAACACAGCAAGUAAUCGAAUCAAAGUUAUCAUUAAAAGCUAACCGUAACGGGGCAACGUUAUAAAAAGAAAGCAAACAAAAAUGCACCUUUAAAACAAUUAUAGAAGAAAACCGGUUGAAAACAUUUUCUAAGAUCUGAAUAAGGAGCAGAUAAGAGAAAAGAAGGGGCGUAAGGGGGUUAGUAAUAACAGAUAAAAAGCGAAAUCGUGCAUGUUAACAAUGAACAAUAUUUUCUACCGUUUAAAUGUGAAGUAAGGAGAAGAAGGGAGAUAACAAAAGUGGAGAAAAUUAGGAAACUUCAGCACACAAAAAAAGAGAAAGAAAAAGAAAACGAAACAGCAAACAAUUCUUUAUUUCGUUAUGUGGUUUUCACUUCGCAUAAUAAAUAAGUAAAACAGCACAUAGAGCCAGAAGUAAACAAAAUCUCACGCGCAAGUUAAGCGUUAACAAAAGAAGGAUAAGGAAGGAUUCACUGUUAAAAUCGUGCGUAGAAACAGAUGUAAAGUUAUAUCUUAUACAUACACAUCGACACACACACACACGAUAAUAUGCAAAACACAUACACACACGAGCCUAAUAUUAAUAUAUUUUGAUCACUUGGGGCCGUGGUGGCAGUGAUCGUGAAUCGUAACAAUACGAAGCAGAAAACAGAUACACACUCACACUAUACUAUACUAUGAAGUGAAUCUUAAUAGACAUACACACACAAACGAAAAACAAAAAAACUAAUGCGCUUGUUUAUAUAGAAGAAAAAGACGAAUAAAAUUACAGUAAGAAAACCGAAGUAAAGCUGCGCUGCGUGGAUCGCAUAACACAGAUCCACGCAAUAACACGGAAAAUAGCAAACAGGAAGAUACAGGGGUUUUUUGGUCAGUUGAUAAUGUAAAAUCAGCGAUCCCUUUGUAGGAUCCUUAGAUGAAAUGGUAAACAAAGGUAGUUGACAUGGGAAUCUUCUUCUUCUUUGUUGGCCUAACGACCUCUUAGGUCAUGCUUGCCACUUCUGACUUACUAGAGUUAUUUAUAAGUGUGUUUAUACCUCUAGGUUACGCACUUGACCGAGCGCUGACAGGUCGUGUAUAAUAUCAUCGGCUUCGAUUACAAUAUCAUCUGGUAACUUCACAGCAAACUAGCUCAGCUAGCUUUUUUUACCAUUUUAUCUGGGAAGCCCACAAAAAAGAUCGAUGCUUUUACAUUAUCAACUAGAAACCCCUUUUAUAAAAAACUUGGGGGGGAAAAGGAGGAAAAGCAGUGGAAUAACCGGUCAGAAAUUAAAUCACAAAAAAGCGGUACAGCAAGCUAAACCCGAGUAGUCGAAAAGUAAACUAGUGCGGGAAGAAAAAACCCGCUGCAACUAUAGCAGAACUACCCCAUCCAUCAAUUCUCUUCCGGUAGAAGGUGACAUUUUCCCUUUCUCAUGCUACUAGGCCGCGCCCCUUUUAAAGAAAGUGAGCAAGCAAGUAAGGACAAAAAAGGAAACCCCGUAUGCACAUUGUUAAAGUUUAGAACCGCAUUGUGUAGUUGUGUAUUGCUGCUGCUGUAACAAAAGAGCAGAACAAAACAAAACCAAUAUCAAUGCAUCGCGCUCGCGGGAUCAUUAAUCUAACAAACUGAAAAUUGUAAAGGUGUGUAAAGGAAGGAUCAAAAGGUUCUACAGCAGGAAGAAAAAGGAAAGAGAAUGGCGAAAAUGCUGAGCUGGCAUCGAUUGCAAUAAACAACACCCAAGUGCGUGCAAAGCAAAAUGCAAAACUACUAAAUGUAAGAAAGCCAACAAAACAUAACCAACCCCGAAACACAAUUAUCAAAAGGGCUAUAUCUUUAAAAAAAAAAACAAAAACGAAAACACACACAUAAAACAGCAGUUAAAAAUGAAAAGUAAUGAAUAUUAAAAUAGAGACGAAUAAGCUAGCAGCAUGUUAACACAGAAAAAGGUGUCAAAAAGAGGGAAAAGACAGAAGAAACAAGCAAAACACACACACACACUAGUACACACGUCCUCACCACACACAUACGCGUACUUUUAAAAACUGAAAACUUUAUACACUUCCACUCCCCAUGGUUCCCCCCCGCUCCCUGGUUAAUAAUGGAAAAUAAAAGAUUCCUACACCAAAAUGCCCAGAAUAAACUAA